GUAUAUGUCCUCGAUACUUCUCCGAUUAUCAAUGCUCGCUCGCUACUACUCAAUUGGACUCCAAGUCAGGUACACCAUAUCCUAUUAGUUCUUUUUUAUCUGCAAAAAAUUUAUCACCAAAUCAUUAUGCUUUCCUUGCUUCUAUUUCGAGUAUGCAUGAGCCUUCUAAUUAUUCUCAAGCUAUUAAGGAUGAAAAUUGGAGACAAGCAAUGGAAACAGAGAUUAAAGCUCUUGAGGAUAAUCAAACUUGGAUUCUAACUGAGUUACCAGAAGGUAAAGUUCCCAUUGGUUAUAAAUGGGUCUACAAAAUUAAAUAUAAAACUGAUGGUACAAUCAAGCGGUAUAAAGCUUGUCUUGUUGCCAAAGGUUUUACUCAGCAAGAAGGUCUUGAUUAUCAUGAAACAUUUGCACCUGUGGCUAAAUUGGUUACUUUGAGGUGUUCGUUAGCAGUGGCAGCGAAUCAAAAUUGGUCUUUGCAUCAGUUGGAUGUUCAAAAUGCUUUCUUACAUGGUGACUUACAUGAAGAAGUAUAUAUUUUCAUACCUCCUGGUUUUUCUCGUCAGGGGGAGAAUCGUGUUUGUAAAUUGCAGAAAUCAUUAUAUGGUCUAAAGCAGGCCUCUCGCAAUUGGUUUGCUAAACUUUCUAGUGCGUUACUGGAGGUGGGUUUCUUGAGUUCUCUUGUGGACCCUUCACUUUUUACUCGGAUUAAUGGUGCUAUUAAAAUGUUUGUCCUUGUAUAUGUUGAUGAUAUCAUAGUUACAGGGAAUGAUGUUGCUACUAUUUCCUCUCUUAAGUCAUUCUUGCACAGCAGAUUCCAUAUGAAAGAUCUUGGUAUCCUUAAAUAUUUUUUGGGCAUUGAAGUUGCAAGAUCAUCCAAAGGCAUUUUUCUCAAUCAGAGGAAAUAUAUUUUAGACAUUCUUCGUGAUUCCGGUUACAUGGGUUGCAAACCUUGUGCAUUUCCCACGGAUCAAAAUAUCAAGCUUGAUACAUCUUCUGGUGAGUUGUUGUCUGAUCCAUCACUUUAUCGUCGGCUCGUUGGUCGACUUUUAUAUCUCACCAUCACACGGCCAUAUAUCACAUAUGCUGUUAAUCUUCUUAGUCAGUUCAUGCAUGAACCACGGCAGCCUCACCUGGAUGUCGCCAUUCAAGUUUUGCGUUAUCUCAAGUCCACACCUGGUCAUGGUCUUCUCUUACCAGCCUCUGGAACUCUUCAACUCACAGCAUACUGUGACUCAGAUUGGGCUUCUUGUCCCAUAACAAGACGGUCUACUACUCAUUAUUGUGUUUUUCUUGGUGGCAGUCUUAUUUCCUGGCGUACCAAAAAGCAGCAUGUUGUCUCUCGUUCUUCUACCGAAGCAGAGUAUCGAGCCAUGGCGUCUGUUACUUGUGAACUUACUUGGCUUCGAUCCUUACUUCAUGUUUUGGGUAUUUCACAUCCUCAGCCUUCCUUGCUUUUCUGUGAUAACCAAGCUACUCUUCAUAUUGCAGCUAAUCCUGUUUUUCAUGAGCGCACCAAGCAUAUUGAGAUAGAUUGUCAUCUAGUUCGUGAAAAAUUACAAGCGGGUCUUCUAUCUACUGGGUAUGUUUCUUCACUUCAACAAUUGGCAGAUUUCUUCACUAAGCCUCUUGGUACAAACCGCUUUCAUUUUUUACAAGGCAAGUUGGGCCUUUACUCCAUUCAGGCUCCAACUUGAGGGGGAGUCUUAAUUUUGCAACUGCAACAGUUUUUGAAACAAAAGAUUCUGGAGCAAAUUUUUUAUGCAACAGAUUUGAAUUUUGAAAGUAGUUUGUUUUGCUGUUUUGAUUUUCUGUUUAGAUAAAGAUAAGGAUUAGCUUUCCUUGAUUUUCUCCUUUUAUUUGCAAACUAUGUAACUGCUUCACAUCCAGACUUUUAUAUAUUGUAUCUGUCACUCACGAUGAAUAAAUAUAAAAAAUCUUU